GGAAAGAUGGCGGAGGAGGAGAAGCUCCCCGCGGGCUGGGAGAAGCGCAUGAGCCGCAGCUCCGGGCGUGUCUAUUAUUUCAACCACAUCACAAAUGCCAGCCAGUGGGAGCGCCCCACUGGGAACAGCAAGAAUGGACAGGGGGAGCCGACCAAAGUGCGAUGUGCUCAUCUCUUGGUGAAACAUAACCAGUCUAGGAGACCUGCGUCAUGGAGAGAGGAUAAGAUCACCCGGAGCAAGGAGGAGGCCCUGGAGCUAAUUAAUGGCUACAUCCAGAAGAUUAAAUCUGGCGAAGAAGACUUUGAAUCCUUAGCGUCACAGUUCAGUGACUGCAGCUCGGCCAAGGCAGGGGGAGACCUGGGUACUUUUGGAAGGGGACAAAUGCAGAAACCUUUUGAAGAUGCCUCAUUUGCGCUGAGGACUGGCGAGAUGAGCGGACCAGUAUUCACAGAUUCAGGGAUCCAUAUCAUCCUACGUAUGGAGUGAAAGUGCCUUGGCGCGACACGCUUGGAAAGGAAAGGGUGGCGGGAAAAAGGAACAAGAGAACCUUUAUUCCAACCCUCUGUGCACUCUCUAUCCCUGAACAAACUUCAUAUCUAGCUUUUUUAUUUUAUAAAAACCCCUUGUUUCAUAUCUCAAUACCUUCUUUGACACCUUGAUGCAAUGUUUUCCCCCACCCAUAGAGAUGCAUGGUUAGCUGAGGCUGAAAACACAAUCGAAACGAGGAGACAGUAGCAUCUUUCAUAGACACAGCAAGGAGGAUGUUUUAAAGAAAAAAUAAAUAAACCCACAGCCGCUUGAGUUUGAUAUUGACGAUUCCUCCAGUUCAGGAGACACGUUUGUGCUACAGGGUCAUACUUCAACGCUUUUGCUCCACAUCCAGCAUAGAAUAGAGUUAUUUAUUACAGCGCUCCGCCGAUGGUGGCAAAACUUAGCUCUUGGUGUUUUAGAUGGAAUCAAAAUCUCUUCCACUAAUGUCCGUCCUUGUUUAGGUUAAAAAGUAAUGUUCUCUUCCCCCGUGCCCCCAGCUCUCACUCAGAUUUCAGCGACAUUCGGCUUCCCAAAUGGCCAAUCAUUGAUAAAUUGAUCUUGGAUACAUUACAAGGGCCGUUCUUCUGCAGCAUAGCCUGACAGGCACCCUUUAAAGUAGCAAACUCAAAUGUACAGCUCCCUUAGCGCCAAUGGAGCCCCCUGGGCUUUCCUAUUCACUUCCAUAAAGGGGAGGUUUCCAUGUACGUGAAGGGAUGUGUACCCCCUCUAUUGCAUUGCCGCUCCAUUGAAGUGAAUGGGGAAGACCUGCUUAUGCAAGGAUUCAGAGUGGGCCUCCAAGCAUACCCAGGGCUCUGGAUCCAGAGGCUUGAUUUUCAACCUGCCAUGUUUGGGCUUCUAGUAUGCUUUCAUGUUGACUUAAAACUUGAAGAUGCCUUUUUAGACAUGCAAAGAUGUUAGCCAUUGAUACCCACCCCAUGCAGCUUCCCCUCCCCCAAGUUUAUAACCCAUGUAGAAUUGCAUUAGGAUAAACUGUAUGUUAACCAUUCCUGUGUAUGGUUAUUGAUGUUGAAACGCCAUCCCAAGAGAGGGCAAUUAGAUGUAGGCUUCCAGGUUUUUUUCUUUUUUUCUUCGCUCCUUUUUUUUUUUUUUUUUUUAAGAGGCAGGUCAUGAUCCAUUUGUGGUUUUAAAACACACACUGUAAAGUCACUCUUUCAGUUUUGCUGCAUUGCUCUCUGUUUAGUAAAAUCAAUAAGAUUCCCACCAAGUUCCUAGCUUUUUGGUCUGAUGCAAAGCAAGCUUUGUGUAUAUAUAUAUGUAUAGAGAGAGUGUUCCAGUUCUCUUAUGCAAGAAAAAUAAAAAACCCUCGCCAAUUAAA